CAGGAUUGUGGUGCGGACUGUGCAAAGUUCCAGAAAAGUGAACUAGAGUACAAAUUCAACAAAAAAGCCUUAGAAAGACCAUACACUUCUCCACAUUCCUGGGGAAAGACCUACGGGGAACACAAAUGCCACCUGGAGUUCAGCCAUGAUCAGUACCGAGAGCUACAAAAGUUUGCAAAGGAAAUAGGCAUUUAUUUUACAGCCUCUGGAAUGGAUGAGAUGGCUGUGGAAUUUCUACAUGAACUGGGGGUUCCAUUCUUUAAAGUUGGGUCAGGGGACACAAAUAAUCUGAUCUAUUUAAAAAAGACAGCCCAGAAAGGUCGACCUAUGGUCAUUUCAAGUGGUAUGCAGUCAAUGGAUACCAUGCGCCGUGUUUAUGAACUUGUAAAACCAAUCAAUCCAAACUUCUGUAUACUGCAGUGUACUAGUGCAUAUCCCCUUCUUCCAGAGGAUGUCAAUCUACGUGUAAUACAGGAAUACCAGAAAGCCUUCCCAGAUAUCCCUAUUGGAUACUCCGGCCAUGAAACUGGUGUUGCUAUUACAGUUGCAGCUGUUGCCAUGGGUGCCAAAGUAGUUGAACGCCAUGUUACUCUAGAUAAGACCUGGAAAGGAAGUGACCACCAGGCUUCAUUAGAGCCAAAUGAACUGGCUGAGCUGGUCAGAUCUAUCCGGACUGUGGAAAAAGCCAUGGGUUCUAUUGAGAAACGGCGUUUGCCUUGUGAAAUGGCUUGUCACGACAAGCUUGGUAAAUCUGUUGUUGCAAAGACAAAAUUCCUGCAGGCUCCGUGAUCACUCUCAACAUGUUGACGAUAAAGGUAGCCGAGCCGCAUGGCUUCCCCCCAGAGGAGGUUUGUGACCUUGAAGGCAAGACUGUUAAGAGAGAUAUAGAGGAGGAUGAAUCUGUCACAGAAGAGGCCAUUGAGAACUACAACACAAGAACUAAAUGUUAA